AUGGAUGCUACACCAGCGUACAUUGAAUCCACCUUUUCCCGCAGACCGAUCUACGAUGGUAUUUUCUCUGGCAUCUCUGCCGUCGAUAUCACUCGUGUCAGCUUCACGUCACGUCUCUUGCACGCAGCUGCUCAGGAAUACUCUGUCAGGGCGUACAGUAUCAAUCGUCACCUAUCCCGAUUUUUCCAUGAUCCUCUAGGGUUUCGUUCACUACAAGCACAGACCGGGACGUUGAUCUCUGGAUCUAAUGCUCUGCAGUUCAUGGAUCGAACCAUCUGGCCAGACUCCGACAUGGAUGUCUAUACACAUCCGGGGUUUGCGAAGAGGGUGGGACACUGGUUGAUAGAGAAGGAGGGCUUCGUAUUUGCUCCAUCAGCGGAGCAGCCAGCGACAUUUUUGGAAGCCGUACCACCAUGGACUCCGUUCCAUGAACGCAAGGAGAUCGAUGAGAUCGUCGAGGAUGCUAUGGCGGGGAUGUAUCCUGGCACCGGCAUCCAUGCUAUCUACACAUUCAAGAAGGAGAAAGAAGAUAAGACACUGUCCGUACAGAUCAUAUCGUCGAACGAAUCACCUUUCGCUUGCAUUCUUGGCUUCCAUUCCACAUGCGUCAUGAACUUUAUUGCAUACAAUGCUGCGUACUCUCUCUAUCCUUACACAACGUUCGAGCGACGUUUAACUCUCUCCAUGCGACGCCACAAGUAUGCCCAACUUGUGGUUCUCAAAAAAUAUCACGAUCGUGGGUGGCGUCCCGUACGCUCGUCAACUUGGCCCAACCAGUCCUUUUAUGUGGAGCGCAACCGUCGAGUCGGUGAUCGACACACUUGGACCAUCCCAUUCGACGUGACGGACGUCGAAGGGCCGUGUGCCUUAUCAUCCUCUUCACAACCGCUGACGAACGACCCCGCGGUGGAGAAUACUUGGAUGAUGGUGGAUGGAAGGGACUUCUUUGGCAAAGCUGUCGUGAACAAGAUGCGAUAUUUCACUGUCACAUCCCCCGUACUUCGCUAUGUGUACGGCAUCGCAGAGCGGCCUCUCUAUAUGGCGCUUUCGAACGCGGCUCUGGACAAAGAGCGGCUUCAACCGAUGCCUUCCGAUGGUGACGUGGAUGAGAAUUCCUUGCGGGAAAGUGGAUGGAAGUGGUAA